UCUUCUUCGCCUCCCUCACUCCUCCUUCCGUACCAGAAUUUACUCUGCCGCCAAGCAAUCCACAUCCGCCCUCCGGUCUCGCGAGCCAACGGAUCCAACGCCCGCUGGAACGCCGUCUCGAUCGCCCGCGAAGCUCUCCGGGAUCCGCCUCACGCUCAACGCCCGUUUGGUUGCUGGUACCCUGUCUCGUUUCUUGAAUCUUGUCCGCGCGCGUGCUAGUCUCCAGGAUCUCGUUUCUUGAAUCGAUUUGACUUACGGUUUCUUGUCGAUUUCUGGUCGAUUUCCGGGUGGAAUUGAAUCGCUCUGUUUGCCCUAAUCCUGUUUUUAACAAUACGAUUGCUAUUUCUUGCCGUUCUUGAUGAUGCUGACCGACAUGUCGUCACCAGAGAGGAGCAGCGGGCGAUGUUCACCACCGUGGCCGCCGCUCCAGGAGGCCGGCUCGAGCCCCUACAUGCCGUCGCUCUGCUCGCCGUCCGGCAGCCCUGCCGUCAAGCGCUAUGGCGACAGGUUCAUCCCCAACAGGUCCGCGAUGGACAUGGACAUGGCGCACUACCUUCUGACGGAGCCGAGGAAGGACAAGGAGAACGCGGCGAUGGCGUCGCCGGCCAAGGAGGCGUAUCGGAGACUGCUACCCGAGAAGCUGCUCAACAACCGCACCAGGAUCCUCGCAUUCCAGAACAGGCUGCCCGAGCCUGCGAACAGCUUCCUCGCAGAGCUGCAUGCUGAUGUGGCUUCCAUCCAGGACAAACCGGUGAAGCCGCGUCGAUACAUCCCUCAGACUUACAAUGGGCACGAGCGGGAGGUGUGUGGACUUAAGUGGUCAGAAUCAGGCCAGAAGCUGGCCAGCGGUGGGAAUGACAACCUCCUCCACAUAUGGGAUGUGUCUAUGGCAUCAUCUGCACAGUCUACAGGUCGCACCCAAUGGUUACACAGGCUUGACGACCACUUGGCUGCUGUGAAGGCGCUUGCAUGGUGCCCAUUCCAGAGCAACCUGCUGGCAUCCGGCGCUGGCGUAAAUGACCGAUGCAUCAAGUUUUGGAACACACAAACUGGCGCAUGCCUUAACUCUGUCGACACUGGGUCACAAGUGUGUGCACUGCUCUGGAACAAGAAUGACAGAGAGCUGUUGAGCUCGCAUGGAUUCAUGCAGUAUCAGCUCACCCUAUGGAAGUAUCCGUCGAUGGUUAAGAUGGCUGAACUCAAUGGCCAUACUUACCCUGUCCUCUACAUGGCCCAGAGCCCUGAUGGUUGCACAGUGGCAUCUGCUGCGACAGAUGAGGAACUGCGGAUCUGGAACGUUUUCGGGACUUCUGAUGCUCCAAAGGCUACAGUCUACAGGGGAACAAUUAAUAGUUACAAUCACAUCCGCUAGAGAGAAGUCCAUAUCAUAACUCUGAACUACCACCAAAGUCUAAUAUCCAAACCCCAAACUUCAAAACCGUCCACUUUAGUAUGCUGGUAAAUUAUAUUAGUUGCUACUUUUACAUUGAUCCAGAUGAACGUCAAGACCAGUUUGAUGUAUUAUACAUAUAGAUGUCGGUGAUAUAUAGUAUUUUUUUGUAAUGAAUUGUGCAGGCAUGUGCCGUCCGAGAGUAUUCAAACUGUUGCCUCUCAAACUAUCUUGUGAUUUUCCUAUUGACUCUGGUUUUGCUGUUGACAUAUGAGAGGCCUGGAGGCGCUUCUCUUUUGGUUGCCUUCUUUAUGCAAGUUCAAGCCAUCAUGAUCUGUGACCACUAUUUGAUUAUGUUAUUCUUUACAGGAAAUACAACUUGCUUCUGCAAUGGAACUUGGAUAUUUCCACCAGAAAUCUAGCUCAGCAAAAUUGGAGCAGAGCUUUACCUUCAGGUUAGAUGUUUUCAGCUUCAAAUGUUGGAGGAUCUGAUCUGAUCAAGAACUCUGGCUGAACUGCCUCGAAGAAGUAUGGAUCUUGGGCUUUGUAGGAACUGAGCAUGAAAUCGCUCUUUUGAAACGGUUAUUCAGUUGGGCAACAGUUCUAAAAAGGAUGAUGGUAACAGUCCAUGGCUCCAUCACUGAGAGCAAGGGCAAAGAGCUACGCCAGUUGUUACUAAGCUUGUCCAAAUAUAUAUGCAUGUUAGCAUGCAACGGUCCAUCUUGACAAAGGUUUUAUACUGUAUGUUCUAAGACAAGGCACCAACUUUGUUCGCUUGCACUAGUUGUCAAGUGGAGCAACGGUAGUUUUGCGAGAGCAGACUCUUUUAUUGCCUGAUUGGAUUGUCGUUUUCCACACUUUUUUACACCAGUAAAAUAUACAGACAUCAAUCCUUCAUUUUUUUCCAGUUGGAAAUCACAUAUUCUCCAAGCAUGAUUAUUUUUUAUUGAAAAAUACAAUUGACUCUCCAAGAAUUAACACAUAUUAU